AUGGUAUUCUUCUUUAAGAUUUGUGAACCCGAUUAUUUAGUUUAUAUGGGUCGUGAUAAAUAUGAGAAUGAAGAUUUGAUUAAAUACGGUUGGCCUGAAGACAUUUGGUUCCACGUCGAUGACUUGUCGUCGGCACACGUCUAUCUCAGAUUGAAGAAGGGAGAGACCAUCAACGAUAUUCCACAGAACGUCUUGGAGGAAUGCUGUCAGUUGGUCAAGCAAAAUUCGAUUCAAGGUUGCAAGGAGAGCAGCGUCAACAUUGUCUACACCCCAUGGGCAAACUUGAAAAAGACACGUGAUAUGGAACCAGGUCAAGUUUUGUAUCAUAAUGAAGCUGCUUCGUUCUUUAUAUACUUACUAAUCAGAUUAACUUAUAAUGUUAAACAUCUAUCUAUCUCACCCGAACAGAUAAGAUAUGUUAAGAAUGUAAAGAAAGUACCAUUGAUCAUCAAUAGAAUCGAGAAAUCGAGAGAGGAACGUGAUGUACGUCUCAAGGAGGAGCGUGAGGAAAGAGAUCGUGAGGAGAGACACGAGAAGAGAGCACAAGCCGAACAGGUCAAGAGAGCUGACAUCAAAGCUCAGGAGGAGAAGAAGAAACAACAGGAUAUCAAGCAUUACACCGCUGUCAUGAAAUCAGAGAAUAUGAAAUCAAACAAAUAUCAAUCGAUGGAAGAUGAUGACUUUAUGUAA